AUGUCGACUCUUGUUCAUGCGUUGGAGCGGAUAAAAUCACAACAUCUGCCAAGCCAUCAAGAGGUGGAGGCACUGACUCAGGAGACCCCUCAGGUUCCGCGGCCGCACCUUCAGAGGCAUCCGGACCUGUGUCCUUUGACUGUACUCCAGAAGGCUCUGGUGGGUGCCUGUCAACAUGAUCCAAUUCACCCCGCCUCUUCCGACUUUGCGGGUGGGGUGGACUUAACGGACGUUGAAACUGGUCGCACGUCACGGGUUUGCCAAAACCCGGGGAGGGUGAUUGGGGGAAAGAAUAUUGGAGUCGCCUUCCGCAGCGUUGGCGGUGAGGGCCAAAAGAAGGCUUUUGUGAUUUGGCAGCGUGUGUCACAUGUCCAGGGCUUGCAAGUUGUGCCAGCUGAACCUGAAUCUGACGAACCUUACCUUUUCAAUGUCCUUGUUGGGAAGGAACACGGCGUACUCAAAUCUAUACAUCACACCUUUGGAAAAGGGAGGGAACCUAUCGUCAGGGUAGGUGAACAUGCAUUCGGGUCCAUGCAAGCUAGAAAUUGGGUCUUUGAUCAGGCUGCGGCUCCCAACAAGCGAUCUGUUGGGGGAGAUGUUGGCUCUAUGGGGGAGAUACACUCCAGCGACCGCACCACAGUUGCCCGCCUGGCCUGA